AGGUUGAAAACAUCGUCCGCUUGAAUUAAAGAACAUAUCAGCCAUUGCAACGUUGGAAUGAACGAAAGGUGAUGGGGAAGGACACCUACCUGCGGGACCUGGGUGCCGGCAGGUACGCCCUCCCGCUGGAGCUGUGCGAGCGGUUCAACGAGAGCGGAGUGAACCUGACCAGGAUCGAAUGCCUGGAGCACGCUCCGACCCUCACCUCGGAGGCCCUCACCAGGGCCAUCGUCUUGGCCGUCAUGGCCAUCAUCUCCCUCGUCGGCAACCUCCUCACCAUCUUCAGCAUCGCGGGCACCAGGGCGGGCCGGCGCCGCAAGAACCAAACAUGGUCCGCUGUCUACGCCCUCAUCCUCCACCUCUCCAUCUCCGAUCUCUUCGUCACAGUUUUCUGCAUUGCUGGAGAAGCCCUGUGGUCGUACACCGUCCAAUGGCGCGCAGGUAACGUGGCCUGCAAGGUCUUCAAGUUCUUGGAGAUGUUUUCCCUCUACCUCUCCACGUUCAUCCUCGUCCUCAUCGGAUUGGACAGGUUCAUCGCCGUGCGGUACCCGAUCCGUGCCAUCAGCACAGCCAAGAGGUGUUCCAGGUUCGUCGCCAUUGCCUGGGUCCUCAGUAUUAUCCUCAGCAUCCCGCAGCUUGUCAUAUUUCAUGAAGGCAAAGGUCCAUUUUUCGAAGACUUUUACCAAUGUGUGACAUACGGUUUCUACACAGAACCUUGGCAAGAGCAGCUUUAUACGACUUUUAGUUUCGUUUGCAUGUUUAUGCUACCGUUAUUCAUUCUCAUCACAUCUUAUGUAUCAACAAUAGUAACGAUAUCAAAAAGUGACAAAAUCUUUCAAAAUGAAAGCAUCAACUCUGUGAGAAAAUAUGACAUCAACCGUCGCAGACUGAUACAUAAGGCCAAAGUGAAAUCUUUUAGGAUAUCUCUUGUAAUCGUAGUGACUUUCAUUAUAUGGUGGACACCUUACUACACGAUGAUGAUAAUUUUUAUGUUUCUCAACCCUGACAAACAUCUAAGUGAAGAGUUGCAGAAAGGAAUAUUUUUCUUUGGAAUGUCCAACAGCCUCGUAAACCCUAUUAUUUACGGAGCAUUCCAUUUGUGGCGACCUAAAAAAGCAGGCAGCCUAAGAGAGGGGAGCUCAACAAAUACACGUAUAUCAAGAGGGGGAGCACGUGGGAAAGACGAAGAGACUACGUUUGUGUUACUGGAGCAACAGUUGAGCCGCAAUCACAGCUCGACUAGUUCAAACAGAAUAAGGUGUGACGUACACCGCUCAUUGAAAACAUAAAGGACAAUAUAAUAAGCUCAAAUCGUUUUUAAAACUUUAUUAAAAUCUCUUGAUUAUACAGGUUUCUUGAUAUGGAACAAAAGACAAUGUUCACACAUCAGUAUUUAAAUGUAUAUUUCUUGUGAAUAAAUUAGCAGAGAUAGUAUUUAAAAUAUUAGAAACUUCUGUGCUCGUAUUUUAAAAUUGUAUCUAUUUAUUUUGUAAAAAGAAAAUAAAAAUAUU